AGACAACAAUUCUAGAAACUGUCAAGUUUGUUACGUUGACGUUUUUGUGAAAAUCCUUUCUUUAUUUUAUUAGAAUUGUAAUAAAAUCUAAAACGGCCUCCAGUAACGGGUCGCCGUCGCGUGGACAAAGGAGCAUCGACCGUGAUGUGAAGGCUCGCGGGGACGAGCACGCGCCUAUGUCAGACUCGCAGACACAGGGCCCCGAGGCCAUGAGUGAACGACGUCCCUUUUUCUAUCCAGAUAGUAGUAGUGAUACGGAGGAGUACAGAAGGGACGAGGAGCGUCGCAAGCGACUAUCUAAGCGCACUGGUCCGAACAUUCGAACGCGUCCUACGAUGCCACCUAAGAAUUUGAGCACGAAUGCUCCCACACCAUCGACAUCGACGGCACAGGAGCCUCCGAGGAAUGGACAGAAGAGUCAGAUUCAGCUUGGCGAGGACCGGAUUACUCUGGUGGUGGACAAUACGAGGUUCGUGGUGGACCCCGCGCAGUUUACCGCCCAUCCGAACACCAUGUUAGGCAGAAUGUUCAGCUCUGGCCUAGAAUUCACCCACCCAAACGAGCGAGGGGAGUACGAAGUCGCAGAGGGCAUAUCAGCAACGGUGUUCCGCGCCAUCCUGGAGUACUACCGGCUGGGCAGCAUCAGGUGCCCGCCCACCGUCUCCGUGCAGGAGCUUCGGGAGGCCUGCGACUAUCUACUCGUGCCUUUUGAUGCUAAUACUGUGCGCUGUCAGAAUCUUCGAGGGCUCCUCCACGAGCUAUCAAACGAGGGUGCUCGUCGCCAGUUCGAGUCGUUCCUCGAGAGGCUGAUCCUGCCCCUCAUGGUGGAGUCCGCGCAGAGAGGGGACCGGGAGUGCCACGUGGUGGUCCUCCUGGACGACGACUCCGUGGAGUGGGACGAGCAGUACCCCCCACAAAUGGGGGACGAGUACUCUCAGACUGUGCUGUCCACCCCGCUUUACAGGUUCUUCAAGUAUAUUGAGAAUAGGGACGUAGCAAAACAAGUGAUGAAAGAACGCGGCCUCAAGAAAAUCCGCCUUGGAGUCGAAGGAUACCCGACAUACAAGGAAAAAGUGCGCAAACGACCCGGUGGGCGCGCGGAAGUCAUUUACAACUACGUGCAACGUCCAUUCAUACACAUGUCUUGGGAGAAGGAAGAGGCCAAAUCACGCCAUGUAGACUUCCAAUGCUUUAAGUCGAAGUCAGUGACUAACCUUGCUGAAGCCACAGCGGACCCAGUCAUAGAAUUGGACGCGAAUAGAGUAAGAGAGGACGAAGUACCAGAGCUUCUACCCGAACCAGAAAUCGAAGCUGAAGCCCAGUGAUUAGUGAGCCGCUCUUCUAGAGCGGUUGUCAGGAUGUUGUCUGCAUUAUUCUGCUGGGUCUGACAGGAGAACCUUGUGUGAGUGGGUUUUUAAUCAAGAAGUCGUUGGCUUACUUUUUUUGAGGUUAGAAGUCGUUGACUUAACUGUUUUAGAGGUUAGAAGUCAUUGGCGAAGUGUUGUUUGGAAGUCGUUGACUAUUGUGUAAGUGCGUUUGGCAUAAGCAAGUCCAUUUAUGUAGCUGUUUAUUAAAUUGGAAGUCAGUGGCAUACUUAUUGAUUGGAAAACGUUGAGAGAACAUUAAAAAUGGAAAUUGCAAGGAAACAGAAGUUAGAAGUCAUUGGCUAUUCUGUUCGGAAGAAUUAGAAGUCUUGUGAUUACUUUUUUUAAUUGUUUUUUUUGUGAAGUGUCACUCACACAUGGGUAAAUUGGAAUGUGGUUUUACUGUGGCAGGUGUAAAAGACUUUUGUACUUAUAAAUAUUGUUUACGGUUUUACGUGCAAUGGCGUGCAUUUAAACGGGUAUCUGACGUGCUAGAGGAAAAUAGCAGCUGUGUUAUUGUCUGAAGAGUCAAAUUGCUUUGGUUAUUGUCUGGUAACUGUUUUAAGAUUGUGAUGUGUAUUUUCUUUUUUUAUAUAAUAACUAUCGUGAGACAUACUAAAUUAAAUGAACUAAAAAUCAGAUGCCUACUGUAGGCUGCGCGAUGUUGCCGCGUCUGCGCACGUUGCUCAUGAUGAAGAGUCCCUCUGUGACUCGAAACUAGUAGAGCUUUUCUCCAUUAAUUUACGCGUGUAAACUGUGAUUUUUAGUUAAUUCUUAUUUAUUUUCUUUUUUCUGUCUUUUUUGUUGAGUUGUCCUAAUAAAGUGCAACUGCAAAUCAAAGUCUUGGGUUCAAUUCUCGUAUCGAACAAGUUUAGUAAUGAAUGUAAUGUAACAUGUGUUUAAAAUAAUUGAAUUUUGUAAUUUUUUCGAUAUUUUAACAUAUUUUUUUUAGUAAAACAUUAUGUUUUUUAAAUAUGAUAAUUUAAAAUUGUUUCCAAAAUAAGAAUUAAUGUUUAAUUCUGUGAUACAUGUUUGUGGACCCGUUUCCAAGCACGCCACUGUACACGAUCGUAAUAAAUAAUAAAUAAACAAUAUACUUAGUUAACCAAAAUAUACCGAUGUUAUACGCGUUCUUAUUUCUAUUUAACGAUAUAGUUUUGUCCUAUGUCUUUACUCGCUUUUCGUGUACCAAUAACAUUUAAAAUUAAGACAAAUGUUGUCGAUUUUUUAUGGAGUGUAGAGGUAAUGAGGUCAUUAUUAUUGCUUAUCUACUAAUAAUAAAUUGGUCGCUAGAUGGCAAUAGAUUAGCAAACUGUCAAUUCGUCCAAUCAGCUGUAGGUGUUAUUUUAGCCAAUUGAUGUGACACUCGCUGAUUCCCUAUUGGACGAAAAAACAGGAAGUUGUAAUAAAAUACAAUUAUGAAUAAUCAAGUAUGAAAUUCUGUGUGAACAGCUCCAUGUUCCUUGACCACAGAAGAGCUGUAAUGUUGUAGGUUGUCUAGGAAUGUUAUGCCGUAUUUGUAAAGAGUGUUCAAAUUAGCGCAAAGAGAAUAAUGCAAUUUUUGGUUACUGGGCCUAUUUCGCUCAUUUUUCGUAUAUUGUCAGUCAAGAUGAUAACAAAUACGUAGUUUAAAUUAAGUCAUAUGAGUUUUCUCUAUACGGUAUUUUUUUAAUUGUCUAUUUAAUUUUACUGUCUGGGAUCUACGUACAGUUUUUAAACAUAAACUAUGCUUUCUUACCUCUAUCCUCCAUAAAAAUGUUUGCCAUCUAAUAAAUUACACUGGCGUGCAAAAAUAUCAGCUCAUUCAUUAAGAAAAUUAUUACAAACCGCACUGAGACAUUCCUAUAGAAGAUUGGCCUGGUAUUCUGGCUCGCCAGUGUAUGCUAUAGUGUGUAAUAUGGCUUAUAACAUAUAUACAUAUAGGAUACACGUUUCUUCCCCCUUUUUUUAUCACGUGUAAGGUACUAUUUUAUUAAAAAUUUGGAAAAAAGUAAAGAAAUAACCACCAGACAUUUCAAAGACAAGAAUCGACCCCAAAAACCCAGAAUCGACCCCAAUAACUCAGAAUCGACCCCAAAAACCCAGAAUCGACCCCAAAAACCCAGAAUCGACCCCAAAACUCAGAAUCGACCCCCAAAACCCAGAAUUGACCCCAAAACCCAGAAUUGACCCCAAAAACCCAGUGUUUUGUAAAGUAAAAACUUCAUACACACUUUUUAUGCAAGUUGAGUGCUUGUAAAAUUCGAUGGGUCUGGUAAUUGAGCAUUCGUAAGAGUGACUUCUGAGUAAAAAUCCUUUGGUUUCUCGGUCGGGCAAAGCUUAAUUGUGUUUUCAGUUUCUGAAAUUAUCAAGAAUUUAUUUUGCCCUCCCAUAAAAUGGAUUUAAAUAACAUAACUGUUGAAAUGUCUAAUGAAAGUUCCAUCUAUCUUUACAUAUAAAAAUAUUUUGUACGUUUUACUUGUUUGUCCUCAACAAACUCUUUUAAUAAGAUAGUGCCUUACAUUUACUCGGGAUUGAAGGUAAUUAUUCAGAAAUCGAUAUAAAAUAUAAACUAAUGCAAAAGAUCACGAAUUGAAUUGUUAUUCGUAAGACUAUUACUGUAUUUAGAUUUUAUAAAAUACUUAGCGUUAAUUUGUACGGGACUUAUGUUAGAUUUUGUAUUAAAAUUAUACAUAUCUCCAUUAUAA